CGACUACUGGAAAAGGGCUUAGUUAUGAUGUAGUCGUAACAUUGUUGGAUCAUUUAUUGCUGGGCAGGGGGUAUAAGGUUUACAUGGAUAAUUUCUACACUAGUCCCAGCCUUUUCGCUGCUCUGCUACAGGAGAACACCCUUGCAUGUGGCACCUUCCGUACCAAUUGGCAAGGCUUCCCACAAACAAAAAGGAACGAUCUUCCAAAGAGAGCAAAGAGAGGAACCAUCCGCUGGUGCAGACGUGGGAAGCUGCUGUUUGUGAAGUGGAUGGACACAAGAGAGCCGAAGAUGAAAACCUGGACAUGCUGCUCUCUCUUUUUGAAGAGAGUGAGGGUCAGAAUUCAGAGACCUCCACUGCUCGAGAAGGGGAGGACAAUUUGGAUGAUCUCUUUGAUGACGACUGUGAUGAAGGCGAAGAUUAUGCUGAGCCAGAGGAGGAAGAGGAAAAAGACAUGGAGUCAGCAAACUCAAGCCCAGGAGGGAAAAGUGAACUCAGGAAAUCUAAAGAGGACCUGGAGGAGGAGCUGAAAAGCAUGCGAGAGAAGAUGCAAAAACUACAGCAGCAGCUGGAGGUGUCUCAAAAAGGUGUGGUCUCCCAGCCCAUACAUAAUCCUUUGUCACAGAGACAAAGUACCAAACUUUCAUCAGCAACACAGCGUUCCACCAAGCAUCUGACAUCCCCCCAGCAAUGCAGCAAACCUGCCCUACAAACAAACCCCAGCAUCCGGUCAUCUCCAACAGCCCAGAAAGUAGCAACAUUGUCUCCACCCCUAGAAGCAAAUGGGAAACAGAGGACUGAAUAUCAACCCAAAGCUGCCUCCUCUGAAAAGCAGAGUCUGCUGGGACAGAAUGUGAGCAACAGGUUGUCACAGCCAGCGAGGACUAGCUCUAAAAUCAGCAACACAAUGAAGUCACCCCCAUCAAGUAAAAGCGUUGGUGUAACUCCUCCCGUGGCAAGACAAGCCACACCCCGACCCUCUGUCACUCAGGAUGUCACUGUGGAGAAAUACUCAGGUCUCCGGCUUAGGAGACCUCGUCUGUCCUCGGUAGAAAUCGAACACAAAAUGGCUAACCGCAGAAUGAUCAGGCUUUCACAGUUGCCUGAUCGACUGGCCAGGGACAAUCUAGAAGACAGUGACUGGGUGACCUUUGCUGUGGUGAUAAGUAAAAUCACCCCACAAAGCAAGAACAAUGGCAAAACAUUCAGUAUCUGGAAGCUGAAUGACCUUCAUAACCUUGAGGUAAAUGUGUCACUGUUCCUCUUUGGAAGUGUUCACACAGACCUGUGGAAAACAGACACUGGGACAGUGAUUGGCAUACUUAACCCCAACCAAAUGAAGAAUAAAGAUGGAUCAAAUGAGCUCUGCCUCACAGUGGACCAUCCACAGAAGGUUCUAAUGUUGGGGGAAGCCAUGGAUUUUGGUACUUGCCAGGCUAAGAAGAAGAACGGGGAUUCCUGCACACAGUUGGUCAACUUGUAUGAAUGUCAGUACUGCCAGUACCAUGUUAAAGCACAGUACAAGAAGAUGAGCUCAAAGAGAGCAGAGCUUCAGUCCAGCUUCACAGGCUCGGCCCCUGGAAAAAAAAAGGGCAAGGGUGGUUUGAGGGAACGCCUCUGUCAGAGUGACUUCCACUAUGGGGGCAUGUCCUCACUUGCCUGUGCACCAUCAGUGACUGCCCCACAGCCAAAGAAACAGCCCUCAAUUCAAGCAGUUUUGGCUUCUAUCCCCUCCAAGAAGCUUGCACUGACUUCAGGUGAAAUGUCUGGAUGUUCAGAUGACUUCAAAAGCCUAAUGUCCAUGCCUACACCAGGAGCUCUUCAAAUGAAGAGGCACUUGGGACAAUUUCAGUCAGCAGAGGCGUCUGCAUCAACAGUCCAGUCCAUCUCUGCUGCUGACCUCCUCAAACAGCAGAAAGAGCUGCACAGGCAGAGGAUGCAGGCCAGACAGAAGAGGGCAGAAGAGAUCCAGAAGAGGGUGCUGCAGAAAACAGGAGGUACAGUGGUUCCAGCUAAACCCUCUAUAAACAGUGGUGCUCUACUCACUCAGAAAGCAGGGUCAGAGGUUCCAAAGGGCUCCUCUCCACCUGCACGCCGUCUCAGUGCCCCUCAUGUACCCACCCUGGGAAGAGGCUUUGUGGAGGGGGAGGAUAUUCUGCUGGACAUGUCGUUGUCGUCUCCUCCUCCUCCCUCAAAAAGCUUAUCAGCUGCAAAGAUGGCUGCAGUGAGAAAGCUCCAGGCCAAAGGAGUGGCCAUUGUUAAAGAUGACCCUAACUCUGUGAAGCGCAAGCGGCCCAGCAGCAGUGAGAUCACCGUCAGAGUGCAGCGCAGCCUGACCUCUCCUGAAGAUGAGAAGACAACUGCUGAAGAGGAGGAACCAGCUCAGAAGAAGAGGCGGGAACAGCUAGAAUAUAUCCAGUCAGAAGAGUUUCAGCACAUUCUGAAUGCAAAGUCUACAAACUCCUGGAUUAUGGGAGAGGUGGAAAUGCAAGCUAUGCAGGACUACUUUGAGCCACUGGUGCAGAAGGAGAAGCUGGAAGAAAAGAUGAAGAGUAUCAGAGAAAUAAAGUGUCGCGCAGUCACCUGUAAAAAUUGCAAGUACACGCACUUCAAGCCGGCCGAGCGCUGUGUAGAGGAGAAGCAUGACUAUCACUGGCAUGAUGCUGUCAAGCGCUUCUUUAAAUGCCCCUGUGGCCAGAGGAAGAUCAGCUUGGCCCGCUUCCCAAGUACAGCCUGCAGCAACUGUGGCCUGUUCAAGUGGGAAAGAGACGGCAUGUUAAAGGAGAAGAAUGGGCCGAAGAUUGGAGGAGAGCUACUGUUGCCACGCGGUGAAGAGCAGCCCAAAUUCCUCAACAGUAUGAAAUAGAGCCAGCAGCCUACGUUUGCUCCAUCUGCUCAAGGAAACAAAGUAGUGAAGCUGGAAACCUCUCUCAGGCUUAGGGUUUGGCAGAAUGUUGAUUUAAAAAAAAAAAAAAAAUUCAGGUCAGCAUAAGAGGCCAUUGUAGAUUUGAGAUGUUGCAAUUGAUUUGCAGCUCCACUUUUCUUUACCUCACGUGCUGGUUGGCAUCAACUGUUUGUUUUAUUUGUUUGUGUUGUAAUGCAUUUUAAGUGAUGAUUUUAGCUUUUACUGUUUAUGAGCAUUUGUAUCACGAAUGGCUGUGGUAAACAGCCUAAAUUAAAGUAGCACGAGUCCACACAUUCUUUACCCACUGUCCUUAAUCCUUCUCACAUCCAAGUAAAUAGAUUUGAGUGGGUGUGGUUGAUGGCGGCAGCACACAUACCUUCUGACAUAUUGUGAGCUUUCAUUGCCUCAAAUUCAGGGUUCAGGAGAAAUUCAUUUCUCUUCUGUCAUCCAGGUGACUUGGGGAGGAUGAAAGAUGGAGCUGAAGAAGUUCAGUAAAGUCAGUAAAUCGUUCAAAGUGGCCCUUGCUCGUUUCACUGUCUGUCUAAGCUUUCAACUCUGGAAUGUUCAAUUCUGCUGCCAGCAAAGAGGCCUACUGCCUGUCAGACGAUUUGUGCAGGGGUAUGUGAGCGCAAGUAUAACUGUAUGCAGGAUACAGCUGUGCAUAUUUUGCUUUUCUCCCCUCUCCCUCCCUUCCUUAUUCAGUUCUAGUGAUUUAAAAGAUGCUGUAAGGGAGAUUUUUAAAGUUAUUUAUUAAUUUCCAGCAUCAAAUUACAGCAUUUUUGUGCUUUAAUCCAAGUGAAUAGCACAGCAGAUAUCUGGCAGGUGGUGGAGAAAACAGUAGGGCAGUUCUUUCACAAAUUAUAGCAUUUCUGUUUAAGUUCUAAGGUUAAUUGUUAUUUUUAGAGGGUUGCAAUAACAGUUUAAUGUGUUUUUUUUUAUUUUUUAUUAUUAUUUUUUUUUAAACACUUUCAGUAAUGGUAUAUAUCAACAUAUAAUC